AAUAUCAGGCGGUUCAUGAAAAUUAAAGAGCUCUCAAAAUAAUUUGAUAAAUUUUUAAUAUUUGUAGACUAAAUCUAUUUACGGGCAAUAUAGUCUGCAUGCCUUGAAUUGUAUCAGAAAAAGCUGAGUGAUGUUUAAAAUCACGUGACUAUGAGUACAGAAGCCGAGAUCCAGCUCCCACUAAAGAGUGUUGUAUUGUUUAUUGCUUGUGGAGCAUUGUUCUUCCUAUUGGUCUUCCUGUUUGUAAAGAGACAAAUCAGCCGUUUCACCCUAAGGUCUGCCAAGGUCCCCUACAUUGGCCUAGGCACUGGAGCACCAAAGUCACUGAAAAAUGAGAUUGAAAGGCGUUUAAAUCGUAUUCCUAAUAUCUGCUUUGAGCCUAAGGCAUUCUCGCACAAGUUAGAAGAAUCCCUUCAAGAUGACAUCAAAAAUGGAAGAUGUACCUAUAUUUAUAGAAUGAAAGCAGUUGAUGCCAUUGCAUUCCUUGAUGAGGAGUUGAGUGAGUGUGAGCCAGAGGUGAAGCGUAACCUCAGUGUCACUCUCAAAGAAGCUCUUCUAGAACUGAAACUGAAGAACACUGGACCGCUUCAUGGUGCUAAGUUUGAAACUAUAGAGGCGCUGUCUUCCUGUUAUAAUCAUGCCAGAUAUGGAGUGGAGGAGUUUGGUUUGAACAAUUAUAAAAGAUUCAUGGACCUACUAAGUGAAAUAAUAUUCUGCAUUAGGUCACAUUCUGAGACAUCUGCUAAUGGAGACCAUGAAGUCCCAACCCAAGUUCCAGUAACACAUCUACAACACAUCCAUGACAUAGACAAUGAUAAUGUUAUAGCUGGGCCUAGAAUCUCAGGAAAAUCAGCUGAAAGUAUAAACCUUAUAGAUAUAGAUGGCGAUAAACAGGUGCGAUUUCUGCACAAUCGAGGGAGCUUAAAACAAGGAUUUCAAAGACUCAGAUCAAGUAGUUCCAGUAAUUCUAGUCUUUCAAGUCAGGAGAGUAGAAGACAGGACGAAUCUACUGUGUAGAAAUAAUCUCCACAGUAUUUGAGCAGGAAGGCACUGCACUGCUUGGAAAUGAAAAAAUCAUGAAAAUGGCAUAUUUUGCCAUGUACAUGCAUAUUAGGUUAUAUGACUUGGUAAAUAUCACGGGGUGAGAAUACAUAGUC